UAAACAGUUUGUGACAGAUCCGCCAGGUGACGCUUUUCCACAUUCUUUCCCAGUGUCUAACGCUGAGCCAUGCCGACAGCUACGGUUCCAAGACUCAUCGUCCCGCCGAGCUCAGAGGAUGUGGUGGUCACCAAAAUCUCCCCCACCGUCCUCUCCACUGACUUACUGAGCCCGCAACAGUUCCGAGUCACUCUACCAACUAUCGGACAAUGCCAGCGGGCGCCGGUGGCCCAGUCCUGGGGGACCCACGCCGUGAGGUACGGUGGAGUAGGCGGGCUGCCGUUCCUCGGAGAGAGUCGGAUGAAGGACUUCCCAGUGGGACGGUCGCACCGGCACUUCAGGAGCGGAUUUUCUGAGUAUAAGACUACAGUACAACCGCACAGGCGCACUGAACUCACUCUGAGUGAAAGCCGCAUCAACGACCAGCUGCUACCGCCACCUCCACACAAACUGAUAUGGGAUAAGAAAGCUGAGGCGCCGUGGCCGCAGAACGACGCCUACUGGUCCCACUCACCCGUGUUCGAGGUCUUUCCUGACGGACCUACAAGGUUUCCUACCGCAAAGGACCUUGGACCAGUGACCAGAAAGGCACUGCAAGACCUGCGAAAGAAAGACGGCACGUCCACAUACCAAGAAGCCCACUGCGACAACAUCAAGGAGAGAACCUCGCCAUCUAAGACACAACACAAGAACCAGGGACCGAUACAGAAGCUGGCUAGCAAGCGGCUGAAGGCCAUCAAGAGCGCGCGUCGUCGCCGGCAGAAGUCCGCCAAAGUCAAGGGCGUCACGUUCAAGGAUGGUGGAGCGGUAAAGAAUGAAGCUACGCCGACACUGGGAGGAGUCGGACCUUCCUGGCCUCCCAGUACGGACCAAGUCAUCGACAAGUUCUUACUGAAGGAGCGGUCGGCGCUUGACGUCCCUCCCGAAGCCUUUAACAAGCGGAACCUGCAGCCGAUCGAUCUAAAACCGAUCAAACCGAACGGCAAGAGCGGUCGUGUUGGAAAGCUUCCAACGAGAGUUCCGGAUAAAUCGGAGGGUGGAGAAGUGCAAACAGCUAUUCCAAUGCCCGCGACCGCCCAUACCCUCCCCACGCUGGCCUUGGUGGUGAAGAACCUUCCCGAGGCGAUCGCGGCGGGAGGACAGCCGCUUGGUGCAACAGCCAUUCCAGCUCCUCCAAGCUCUCCCAAGGCUCCUCCGAGUGAAGAAACGAAGAGAAGCGUGCCUUUUGGAAAUACCAUCGACGAAGAAAAUGUCAAGAAAGAAGGUGACGUUACCGAGAAUGCUGAAGAAGAAGAAGACGACGAAGACGAGACCAAGGAAAACCCGAAUGAGAGGAAGAAGGGGGAAAAAGCGCAGCUAAGGGCACGCUCCCUACCGGAGGGGUUCUUUGGCAAGAAGCGGGUCCUGAAACUCGGCAACUGGAACAAGUCUGACAUGCAUCAAAGGUUCAUUGCGUCCUGUCCCGAGACAGUUCCAGACCUGCGCGAUGGGUUGACCUACCCCGCCCGUAAGCGCCAUUUCUUCUACGGCAGUCACUCCUGUGUCUUCAGGGGCUAGCUGGACCCACAAGACAUGAAUGCAGGGGCUAGCUCACAGUGUUUGCUCUUUCGGAUGAAUGUUGUUUUUCCUGCUAUAUCUACAAAUAUCACUAGAUAUGCAAAUGAUACCGCGUAAUACGACCUCAUUGGUGAAAAGCUUGCACUGAAUAUGCAAACGAUAUCUUACAUAAUGCGAGCCCAUUGGCUAAAGGCAACAGCUGAUUAUGCAAAUUACUCAUUAUAAGGCGAGCUCAUUGGUGAAAACGUUUCUUGUCUUUCUUCCGAAUAUGCAAAUGAUAUCGAUGAUAUAAGUUAGAAUCAAUGAAUAACAAAUUGUACAUAAGAUUUUGGAUUCCACACCUAAUCUCUACAUUGAUUAUUCAUGUAAUAUUAAAGUUAACAGUUUGUUAAUAAAGAUUUGACACGGUUAAGCAUUUGUAUAUCUACACAUAUUUUAUUGGCACAUGGGCUGAGUAUAAAUUGGUUGUAUUAUGUGAUUAACAAUGAUUCACAGGUAGAUGUUCUUGCAUACAUGUAUAUGUACAAAGAAUAUCAACGUAACAGCUUCAUGAAUUAAAAUGUAUAGUCAAGAUGAUUUUUAAAAAAUGCUGCCUUUUUGACAUGUAUGAUACACAUCUAAUAAGCCUUUUUGAAUAAAGAAAUCCUGAAGCUGUACAUACAAGUUAGUUUUAACAUAACAUGAUUUUUUACUUA